AGCACCAAACACUCACCCAAAGUGCCGGUUCAUGAAUAAAGCCGUAUCAUUGACUGCAUACGAGUGGGGGCGAAAGAGAGCGCGCGUAACCUGGGUCCUCACUCCUCAGUGCGAAGUGAGAGGCGCGCGCGUCGAACGUACGACCGACUGGCCUCCUCACAAUACGAACCGCGAAAACCAACUCUAGAAGUUAAACAUAAAGUGCAUUUUCGAGUGUAGUGUCCAGUGAAUUUCUAGUGUGAAAUGAGUGAAGAAAACGCAAUGGGAGACGAUUUGAAAAGACAAGCGGCGAUGUUCUAUAAUACUACGGAAAGAGAGCGAUCACAAGAGCACCAAGCAACAUGGUGCUUCUGGCGUCGGCGGAGGCUCAUCGUGGCUCUGCUGGCGUUCUUCGGCUUUUUCAACGUGUACGCGUUACGCGUCAACCUGUCUGUGGCCGUCGUCGCCAUGACGGAGCCAGUGGAAACCAAGCUGGAGAACGGAACUGUUGUCUUUAUACCAGAGUUUGACUGGAGCUCUCAGACCAAGGGUCUGGUGCUGUCAUCAUUCUUCUACGGGUACCUGGUGACGCAGCUGCCCGGCGGCUGGCUGGCGGCUAAAAUAGGAGGUAACAGAAUGUUUGCCAUCGGGAUAGGGGCGACGUCGCUACUGACGUUGUUCACUCCGCCGCUGGCACACACCAGCACCUCACUGCUUAUUGCCGUGAGGGUAGUUGAGGGACUGUUCGAGGGUGUAACCUACCCGUGUAUCCACGCAGUAUGGUCCCGUUGGGCGCCAAGCGAAGAGCGCGCUCGACUAGCCACGUUCGCCUUUAGCGGGAGCUACGCGGGCACCGUGGUGUCCAUGCCGAUAUGUUCGCUACUGGCACACUAUACGGGCUGGCCUGGCAUAUUCUACGUGUUCGGUAUAAUGGGACUGGUGUGGACAACAGUUUGGUGGUUGGUGGUGAAAGAGUCCCCAGAAAAGGACCCCCGGAUAUCUCCAGCUGAAUUAAAAUAUAUACAGGACUCACGAGGUACGCAAGCUAUCGAGGGGUCCAAAAUUAAGCACCCGUGGCGAGCCAUGUUGACCUCAGGGCCAGUUUGGGCCAUAGUUAUGGCCCAUUUCAGUGAAAACUGGGGUUUCUACACACUUCUAACGUUCCUGCCUACAUUUAUGCAAGACGUAUUUAAGUUCGAGACUUCGGCGACGGGUUGGCUGUCUGCGGUGCCGUACCUCGCGAUGGCUAUAGUUUUACAGGUGGCGGGUCAUCUUGCGGACUGGGUGCUGACCAAAGGGUACAUGUCGCGCACUAAUGUCAGAAAACUAUUCAACUGCGGCGCUUUCCUUGCUCAGACGAUAUUCAUGGUGGCGGCGUCAUACGCGUCAACGGUGACAGGAUGCCUAGUCUACCUCACCAUCGCUGUUGGUCUGGGAGGCUUCGCUUGGUCAGGUUUCAGCGUAAACCAUUUGGACAUAGCUCCGCCACACGCCAGCGUGCUGAUGGGCCUCUCCAACACCGUGGCGACAUUGCCCGGGAUCAUAAGUCCGCCUCUCGCCGGCUCCAUUGUCACUGACAAGACAGCGGAGCAAUGGCGCGUCGUAUUCUUCAUAUCCAGCGCCAUCUAUCUGCUCGGCGCGAUAGUUUAUGGCUUCCUGUGCUCCGCCGAGCGGCAGCCGUGGGUACUAGAGUGCGAAGACCCCAGUUUCGACACAGAUGGCGCCUCCGUCACCACUGCGAAAGGCUACGAUAAUAAGGCCAUGGACCAUAGCGAAAUGUAGAUCAAAAACCAUAUUUGAUGUACAGAAUUUGAAGAAUAUUACAAAAAACAACAACAUAUGUAAUAGUUAUUUACGGUACAGGUGCGGAAAAUAGGAAGUUCGCAACGAAUGGCGAAUUAGCCAUACACACGUGUAUCGUACAACGAUUUACUGUACUUACAUGUGGCCCUUCAAAUUUUUGACUUAGUUACGUAAUGUGCUUAUUAUAGCACCUGGUAUCGUAUCGUAAUGUAGCACCAGAUGUACUGUAAAACAUGUGAAACAAGAAAAGGUGAAUAAAAAGAUUUAACAUCAAUACUAAGUCAAGCAUCGCAUCAUCUUUACGCUUGUAAAAACCUUUCUCAGUGGCGCCAUCUAGUACAAUGGUGAUGCAAGAGAGUCGAACUAAGUUUUCACGCCACUGUUCGGAAAUGUGGCAAUAGAUGGUCUAAAACCAAGCUGGAAAGUAGGCAAUAGCUGUAGCACUUGAAGCACCACUACUACAAUGUUUCAUUGUUGUCAUCAUCUGUCAUUGGUGACAGUUCGCUACAGCAAUGAAUAUCAUUUAAAACAUAAAAAUCAAUAAAAGGUCUUUUUUUGCGCAACUUUUUCCUUCAAAAAUAAAAUUAGGUUAUUUAUAGCACCAAUUUCUUGUUUAAAAAAAAAAGAAAUAUCAAAACCAUUCACUUCAUUUUUUUUUAACAAUUAUCCAUUCAGUUCACGCUUAAGGCGUUUUUUACUUUUGUAGCUGUUUGUGGUUUUAUUAGCAAAAACGCUUCUAGAGCUUAGAGUCGGUUUAAAGCAAAUAACAGAAAAACGCCUCUUAUAAGUGGUAAAAAAAGUAAAAAAAAGGCGGGAUCUGAAAAUACCUACUGAAUUGGAUAGUGUAAAUUAUGUUUGACUAAAAAAUAUAAGAAACGCGUAUCUACGCUCGCUAUAAAAAUGAGUUCUUCUAGUGAAGAAAAUGAUAUUCUUACGCUGACGCCUACUGAAAUUCAAGAGACAGUACAGGCAGUGGCUAGUAAUUUGCUACCAGAGAAAUCGCGGGCUAGUACUUAUAGUUAUGCAAAUGUUUUCUUAUUUCCUCGCAGUAGUCGUGAAAAGCACUAUGUAAUGCCUCGGCCGGAAACGCUAAAGAUGGACUCGUAUUAUUCGAGGGCCUCCACUAACGUGUCGGCCCUCGAACUCACUCAUCCAUCUUUUAGCGAUUUUCCGUCCUCUCCUACAAUGUACUAUAACUAUGCAUGACAUUUGUAACGAGAAAGUGUGGCAAUAUGUCACAUUUCAACAAUAUUUCUAUUAAUUUGUCGCUUAUAAUGACACUGUCUCACUUUGCUCUGUUCAAGUUGACUUUAUAAUUAUAUUUAUUUUAUUUACUCUCCGGUACAUACGUACCAUCGGCCACACUAGUAUGUAUAAUAUAGUAUAACUGACAGUUCGUAAACCUUAUUACAAAAGGCAUAAGGUCCACCGAUGGACAGUUAAGAAGUGUUGCUGACUGUUACAUUAAAUGAUACUAUGUGAAGUAAGGACGAAGCAUGAAGAAUUUUGUACAUUGACCAACCUGUUCUUAUCUCUAUCGCACGCGUGUAAUUAUAUUGCUGUCUCGCGCAUGGUGCCGGCGGUCAAUGACAUUGCGAGAGGAACACCGGCCAC